AACCGGCGGAGUUGGGUUGGACAGGCUAGACUGCUUUUGGGUCAGUGAUCCAGGGUCCACCACCAAGCGCUCACUCUCUGACGAUUCACCGCUGUCACGGGUCCAGAAUAUAUGGCAAAAUAAAGAGAGCGUUAUCAUUCCUCUACAAACUGCCAACAGAGAAAUGGGAAGCAUACACAAUGUAAACGUCUCUGGGUGUAUUGGUCAAAACAUGUCUAAUAAUGCCCUAGGUUAUGCUGAAAGCGGCGGUCCCGAAGAGAAGGAUAGCAAAAAGGUAUACAUGAGCGAUGAACAAUGGGACAAAAAAUGCAAUAAUGAUGACGAGGACGAUGAAGCACAUGGGCGGCCCUGUUCAGCUGGGACCCGCAAAAACGUUAAAAUAAGUAUGGCGAUCAUGGCAUUGGUGGAGUGGAGGGCACUGGUGGAGGGUCUUGGCUUGGUCGUAAGCUCUGGUUACGUCUCGCUUGAGCUUGUAACGCUUCCUGCUCGGAAUU